UUGUGAGGCCCCGGCCGGGGGUGGGGAGGAGUCGAGGGUUUCGGAACGGGCUCGGCGGCCGGGUGGGUCGGGGCGUUCGGCGCGCCCUUCACUGAAGCGGCAGUGGCCGGGCUGGGAGCAGGGAGUGGGAAGCGACGGCGCGGCUGGAAAAUGCCGGUCCACUCCCGAGGGGACAAGAAGGAGACGAAUCAUCACGAUGAGAUGGAGGUGGACUACGCGGAGAACGAGGGGAGCAGCUCCGAAGACGAGGACACCGAGAGCUCGUCGGUCUCCGAGGAUGGGGACAGCUCAGAAAUGGAUGAUGAAGAUUGUGAAAGGAGGAGGAUGGAGUGUUUAGAUGAAAUGUCCAAUCUGGAGAAGCAGUUCACAGAUCUCAAGGAUCAGCUUUACAAAGAACGGUUGAGUCAGGUGGAUGCAAAACUCCAAGAAGUCAUAGCUGGAAAAGCACCAGAGUAUUUGGAACCACUGGCAACUUUACAAGAAAAUAUGCAGAUUCGCACAAAGGUAGCAGGAAUCUACAGAGAGCUCUGUUUAGAAUCUGUGAAGAACAAGUAUGAAUGUGAAAUCCAGGCUUCUCGCCAGCAUUGUGAGAGUGAAAAGCUUUUGUUAUAUGAUACAGUCCAGAGUGAGCUUGAGGAGAAGAUAAGAAGGCUUGAGGAGGACAGGCACAGCAUCGACAUUACCUCAGAGCUGUGGAAUGAUGAGCUUCAGUCAAGAAAAAAGAGGAAGGACCCUUUCAGCCCCGACAAAAAGAAGCCAGUCGUAGUUUCAGGUCCAUAUAUAGUGUAUAUGCUGCAGGAUCUUGAUAUUCUUGAGGACUGGACAACAAUUAGAAAGGCAAUGGCUACAUUGGGUCCACACCGAGUGAAAACAGAACCACCUGUGAAACUGGAAAAACAUCUGCACAGUGCUAGAUCUGAAGAGGGAAGACUAUAUUAUGAUGGUGAAUGGUAUAUACGUGGACAAACAAUAUGUAUUGAUAAGAAAGAUGAAUGUCCUACAAGUGCUGUAAUUACAACAAUUAACCAUGAUGAAGUUUGGUUUAAGAGGCCUGAUGGAAGCAAAUCUAAGCUUUAUAUUUCCCAGCUACAGAAAGGGAAAUACUCCAUUAAACAUUCGUAAUCACGAUUUAAGUGUUACCUGCAUCGACCUUAUUAGUGUUACCAAGUGUAAUGUGCCAUGGGAGCCAAGAAAUGUAUUCAGCAGCUUACUGUUUUCAUCAGUCAUGAGAGAGUGUGUCUCCUAGGCAGUGCUUUAAGUAGAUCCCACUGCAGUAAGUCAUUAAGAGAAAUAGAUGCAGCUUAUCAUGACCAUCCCAUCUAUUUGCCUUAUAGGUCCAGUGGCUAACAGGUAUAUUUGGUAGGUAUUUCUUUCUCAGUUUUGUUUCACUUCAUGUCUUAAUUAUGUGUGUUUCAUCUCUAAUGAACUACAACUGCAGUUACCUGCAAUUUUUAAAUUUCCAAACUAUUGUCACUAUUUGUGUUUGUAAAUAAGACUGAUGAAAUGUUUCCUAUAAAUGAUUUGUAUUAGUGCAUUAGUUUAAAUCAGAACAGAAAUUUAUACAUAUGUGUGAGUAUGUAUAUAUGGCGACACCAGCGUACUUAGAACUGGUGGCUUACCCAUACAAUCUUGUUUUACCCGAAAUGAAACUGUUGGGUUUGAGAAGCAAAGGGAGCACUUUUGUAGCCUGGUUCUCCUUCUCCUCUUUCUCGAUGGGGACUCUUUUCCUGAUCGUACUUGAUGGUUAUUGGUAACAAUGUGUCAAGUAUGAAGACGCGGUCUGUGCUACUGUGAGCUAGUUGAGGGCCACGUUCAUGGUGCACAGUGUCUGCGUGAGCGGUGGCUGGCAGCAUUGUGCUGCUUCCUGCACAUCUAGACUUCUGAAGAUUUUAGCAAGCGUUCUCCAGGGCAGACUAGAUCCUUAUUCUAAUUUUAUUGCUAGAGUAAAAUAGAAGUGGACACUUUCCUUGAAUCUACCCCCCCCAUUAGCAUUUUAAAAAAUACUCUGAGUUUUUAAGGCCAUUUGGUGCAAUUUAGAAAAUGCUGGCCUCCCUUCCCUUAGCCACAUUCAAAGUUAACUUGUAAAGCCUCUGGGACGGUGCAGAAGGUUGAAGCCCUCAGCCUGGCAGUGGCUAGCUCUAGUAUGGAUUUAGUGUACAGCCAAACCAAGCAUUCUGGUGGCCUCAUGCACUUUACUUUCUGUUACAAUGAUAUUUGGAGGGUGAAGAGGAUUCAGCCAACACUCCACGAAGGAGUCUGCAUGAUUCCGUUAGUUCCUUACGAUUACCUCUGCAGAUACCGUGCAGGGCACUGCUUCAGUUGCCAAACUAACCCUUUUGACUUUGGAAACCCAGUCAGCAACACUGUGCUGCUCUGCUGUUUCUGAUCAACCUUAGCGACUAUACCUACUGUCCCAAUCCAGUAGCAUUUGGCAGUGCUUAUAUAUAUAUAUAUAUAUAUAUACAUAUACAUAUAUAUAUGAUGUUUGAUAAGCAUUUUUAAUGAGAUUUGUAUUUUUAAAUUUAGUAUGUAA